AUUUCUGAGACCAAAGUUCUGUUUUUAGAGGUUUUGAUCUGACAGGGGAAUCAUGUGCCAUUUUUUCAAUGCCUUCCCUUUUUAAACAAUACCAACCAAAACAAAAUGCUUGGCAGAAAGAUCUAACCAAAAACAAAAUAUUUACUUUUCUCGGAGUUCAGUCCUACACCACCACAUUGCAGUGAUGUGGCCAGUGUCACAAAUAAAUGCAUUUUCACUUCCCGAGUCUGUAGUUAUACCAAUUCAUAUAGCAGAUUUUUUUAGCAGAUGAGUGAAAGAUUCCCAUAUAUCUGUACUCAGCAGAGUCAGCAACAAUCUGCUAUUUUCAGUUUCUUCAGUAUAGCUUAUGGGAACCAGUGAAAGAGAGGUGUAUGAGCUCGAAAGUAAUUUUUUAAACAAGUGUUAAACAAAUGUGACACUUUUUCAGAUGUGCCAUUCUAAAUGAUGUUAACACUGUGCGUAUCCCGCAUAAAGGGAGCCUCUGGAACCCUUAUGUAAUACACUGUUGAUUUAUGGUUGAUAAUUAAUGAAAAUAGGUUCAGUGGAAGAGGUGGAUUCUUGUAUUUGUCGAUAAAAAAGUGACCCCCUCUUUGUGUGUGUAUGUAUAUAUGUGUAGAAUUAAGAGUGGAGAAUUAAGUGAUACAGAAGGCUCCCAGGAAAAAUCACCUGGAGAUACAGAAAUCAAUGCAGGCCUUUGUUUACAGAUCAGAGCAGACAAUAGGCAUCGAAAGGCAGAGCAUUUGUGUGGGAAAGUUGGAGAAAGAUUUCAAGGGAGAAGAAAUGCUUUCAUGGGUGGUUUUUAAUUGGCAAGUUCUUUACUUUCAAGUCAGUUCAGGCAACAUAACAUGUGGAGUAAGAAGCUAGGCCUGAGUUCCUGGUCCAUAUUUCAAGUCAAUCCUUUGUUUUUGGAAUUCAAGUAUAUUGGAAGUUUCUAUGUUCCUGUAUGUAUAUUCAUGAUCAAAUUUCUCUCUAGGAGCCUCUGGUGACAUAAUGGGUUAAAGCCUUAUAACCUGAAGAUUGGCUUGCUGACCUGAAGGCUGCCAGACUGGAACACUGGACCAGUACCAAAAGAUGGGAUGAACCAAAGCUAGAUGAAAUUGAGAAGAGAUCAAUGUAAAGUGGGCCAUUUGCGGAGAGUGGAAGGGCAAUCAAUGAAAGAGCAAUGUUCCAUAUUAUGUCCAUCCAGUACCUGAAAGACAGUCCUUUCAAAAGCUUCCGAUGCUGCACUACCUCAGUCUUGUGGCACCUAAUAAAGGAGAAAUCUGAUUUCCAUUGCCACUUGGCUCCAUUUCCUAAUUUGUAUAGAUGUUCUAUGAUCCAACUAUAUAUUUUGGACAUUGUACCUUUGCUGCAAUAAGUCCUUAGUGUCAAUGUUCUGGGAGUGUUUUCAUUUGCCUCUUAGGCAAUCAGAAUAUCAAAGUUCCCACUCAUUUUCAAACCAAAGGUUCUAUUUAAAUGGUUUUGCUUUGAAGAAGAUCAGGUCUUUAUUUCUAUUUAAUUCAUGUUCUUUCCACAUUUUAAUGCAAAAAAAAAAAGUACAUUAUCCUACAGGAACUGUAAGAGGACAGUAAUGUGUCUAGUAGACAAAGAUAAAAAUCUUUGAGCCACUGUUUCCAAAUACUUUACCAUUUCUCUUUGAAUUUGGAAAGCACUGAUCUUGCCAGUUUUUUACAUUUUUGCCCACUGGAUGUUCAUGUAAUUAUGGAAAAUAUGCAAUUAAAAGGUAGUGUGGUUCAAACAAAAGUUUUGGAAUAGCUCUUUUGCUGGAUUUUAGGAAAUCUAAGACAACUGAGACCUCCCAAUAAAAGUUUUUCUAAAGUCUUCUGUCAAGCUUUCAUUUUGAGAAGAGGACAAUAGGAAUAAUUUGGUUGAGAUCUGCAAACCUGGUAAGAUGUGUGGUUUAACUGCAGCAAUUUAGAUCACAGAGAGACUUUCAACUUAGAAUACAUCUAUUUAAUUACUGGGCUGUAAUGUCAAUGUGCAGGACACACACUGGACUUGGUCUUCUGUCAGGGAUGUGGAGGAGCUUACCAUCACUCCGUUGCCAUGGACCGACCAUCACCUGAUCAGGUUUAGACUUACUGCGCCCCCCCAACCUCUGCAGGGGUGGUGGAUCUACUAAAAUGGUCCAUCCCAAGAGACUUAUGGAUCCAGAAGGAUUCCUGACAGCUCUUGGGGAGUUUCCCGCCUCCUCGGCAGGUGAUCCUGUUGAUGCUCUGGUCUCUCUCUGGAAUGGAGAGAUGACUAGGGCAAUAGACACGAUCACUCCGGAGCGUCCCCUCUCGAGUAACCGAGCUAAAACAGCUCCUUGGUUCACUGAGGAGCUGGCAGCGAUGAAGCGAAAGAAGAGGGAACUAGAGUGCAUGUGGCGAUCAGAGUACGAGUCAGACCGAACACGACUAUGUUCCUAUCUUAGGACAUAUACUGCUGCAAUCAAAGCCGCAAGGAGAGUUUACCUUGUGGCCAACAUUGCGUCUGCAAAGAACAAUCCAGCGGCACUGUUCCAAGUUAUCAAAGGGUUGUUAACUCCCACCACUCAUGGUGGGUUCCCUGAUAACUCGGCAUCCCGCUGUGAAGCAUUUGCUCAGUUCUUAGCGGACAAAGUCGCUCUGAUCUGCUCCGACUUUGACGCCAUAUUAACGGCAGUCUCUGAGGAUGUAACGAGAGCACCUGCUUGUCCAGUUUUAAUGGGUUCAUUUCAAUUGGUUGAGCUCAAGGAUGUGGACAAGGUGCUUGGAGAGGUGAGGGCUACCACAUGCAUCCUAGACCCCUGCCCAUCCUGGCUUAUGAGAGAAGCCAGAGGGGGUUUGGCCGAGUGGGUGAAGGUGAUGGCGAAUGCCUCCCUCUGGGAUGGCAAGUUUCCAGUGAGCCUAAAAAUGGCUGUGAUCAAGCUGCUGUUGAAAAAGGCAUCACUGGAUCCCACUCUAUUCAGAAACUUUUGGCCUAUUUCCAAUCUUCCCUAUUUGGGCAAGGUCUUGGAACAUGUGGUUGCCUCGCAGCUCCAGGGAUUCUUGGUUGACAUGAUUUUCUGGAUCCAGCACAGUCUGGCUUUAGGCCGGGGCAUGGUACCGAGACAGCCUUGGUCGCCUUAGUCGAUGAUCUUCACUGGGAGCUGGACAGGGGGAGUGUGUCCCUGCUGGUUCUGCUGGACCUCACAGCGGCCUUCAAUACCAUUGAGCACGGUAUCCUUCUGGGACGCCUCGCGGGGUUGAGUCUUGGAGGUACUGUUUUGCUGUGGCUCCAGUCAUUUCUGGAGGGUCGGUCCCAGAUGGUGUCAUUGGAGGACACCUGCUCGGCCCCACAACCAUUGACUUUUGGGGUCCCGCAGGGUUCUGUACUGUCCCCCAUGUUGUUUAAUACUUACAUGAAGCCGCUAGGAGAGAUCAUCAGGAGUUUCGGGGUGCGGUGUCAUCUCUAUGCAGAUGAUGUUCAACUCUAUCACUCCUUUCCACCUGUCACUAAGGAGGCUAUCCAGGUCCUGAACCGGCGCUUGGCCGCUGUGUCGGUCUGGAUGAGGGCCAACAAAUUGAAAUUGAAUCCAGACAAGACAGAGGUCCUCCUGGUCAGUCAGAAAGCCAAACAGGGUAUAGGGUUACAGCCUGUGCUGGAUGGGGUCACAGUCCCCCGAAGGCGCAGGUUCGCAGUCUGGGGGUGAUUCUAGACUCAUCGUUGAGACUGGAGUCCCAGGUCUCGGCAGUGGCUAGGGGAGCCUUCGCAUAGUUAAAACUUGUGUGCCAGCUGCGCCCAUACCUUGGGAAGCCGGACUUGUCCACAGUGGUCCAUGCUCUUGUUACAUCCCAAUUAGACUACUGCAAUGUGCUCUACGUGGGGCUGCCUUUGACGACUGUUCGGAAGCUUCAAUUAGUCCAACGGGUGGCAGGCAGGUUAAUAACCAGACCAGCAUACAGGGAGCAUACUACUCCUCUGUUAUGCCAGCUCCACUGGCUGCUGAUUAGCUACCGAGCACAAUUCAAGGUGCUGGCUUUAGCCUAUAAAGCGCUAAACGGUUCCGGCUCAGCUUACUUAUCCGAAUGUGUCUCCUGCUAUGACCCACCUCAAAAUCUUCGGGCAAGGCCCUACUGGCGCUCCCGCCAGCCUCACAGAUGUGGCUGGCGGGGAUGAGAGACAGGGCCUUUUCAGUAGUAAUGAUGUCAGGCAGGCUCCCUCCCUUCUAUCUUUCCAUAGAAAAGUUAAGACCUGGUUGUGGGACCAGGCCUUUGAACAAAAAUAGCAGCAUUAAUUAUUACUACAAGCUUUAGAACUCAAUGAUAGACCCAGUUUUUUAGACUAGAGAUGUGCCAAUUGUAUAUUUAUAUGUAUAUUUUUAUGAAUGUUUAUUGUACUUAAUUUUAAUUGAUUGAAUGUUCUGUAUUAUUCUUAUAUAUGUGUUUUUAUUGUAAGCAGCCCUGAGUCCACUAUUGGGUUAGAAGGGCAAGAUACGAAUACUGUAAUAAAUAAAAUAAAUAAAUGUGA